AUGCAGUCCUCCAUUCGCAGAUAUGCAUUACCUCGAGAGAGAUUAAUUCGACUUCUAUUUAAUUGCAGCCGCAACUACCCCGCUGCCGGCUUUCAAAUUGUUAACUCUGUUUUAUCACCUACCGGUACUCGAUAUGCGUCUACUCACAGCAUCCAGCAGUCUUUAGAUCUGCCAUCCUUAGAUGAAAAAUGGCGGGCGAAAUGGAUGUCUGCAGAAAGGCGAGAGACCCUGGAAGAACAGAAUGAUGAAUAUGAUGAUGGUCAGAAGAUGUACAUAUUGCCUAUGUUCCCAUAUCCAUCCGGAGACCUCCAUUUGGGCCACUUUCGAGCAUACACAAUUUCGGAUGUUCUGGCACGGUUUCAUACAAUGAAAGGCUGCAACGUUAUCCACCCAAUAGGCUGGGAUGCUUUUGGUUUGCCCGCUGAAAAUGCAGCAAUUGAACGUGGAAUAGACCCCGCAGUCUGGACGAAACAAAAUAUACAAAAGAUGAAGGAUCAGCUAGAAAUUACAACUUGCGAUCCCAAUUUUUACAAACAUACUCAGGAUAUAUUUCUUCUCCUUCAUGAACAUGGUCUGGCAUACCAAGCAGAAUCUCUGGUAAAUUAUGAUCCUGUGGAUAAAACCGUUCUAGCAAAUGAACAAGUUGAUGCAAAUGGCUGUUCGUGGCGAUCUGGAGCCAAAGUAGAGAAGAGACAACUAAAACAGUGGUUUUUAAAAAUAUCUGCAUUUAGAGAGCACCUACUCAAAGAUAUUGAUCACUUAGCUAAGGGAGGUAUGUGGCCAGAAAGAGUUCUGGCAAUGCAAAAGAAUUGGCUGGGAAAAUCGGAAGGAGCUCGAAUUGAGUUCUCCGUAUUAAAGAGUGCUCGUCAGUCUGUUGAAGUUUUCACCACUCGACCAGACACUAUUUUUGGAGUUCAAUAUAUUGCUCUUGCAGCGACACAUCCUAUUGUUCAAGAUCUUGCAAAAGAAGAUCCAAAACUGCAAGACUUUUUGGAUACAAUACCCGAUCUUCCACCCGAUUCAAAGGCUGGCUAUCUUCUUCCUACUAUUCAUGCCAUCAAUCCAUUAUCAUCUCAAGAAUCUACACCGUAUAUUUCUAAACUUCCUUUGCCCAUUUAUGUUGCACCAUACGUGCUAGGUGAUUAUGGCGAUGGCGCAGUUAUGGGAGUGCCCGGCCAUGAUACUCGAGACCAUGCAUUCUGGAAGCACAACAGCCAUGAACCACCGAGACAUGUCAUUGCUCCCACGGGGGCUACUUCCAAAGCUGUUUCCACAGACCAACCAUUUGUCCAUCCUGGAUGUCUUACAUCACAAAAUGGAUCAUUUUCUGGACAAACAACAGCUCAUGCCACGAAGGGUAUCAUAAAGCUGCUCAAAAAGAAAGGUUUUGGGUCAGCUGUUGAGACAUGGCGUCUCAGAGAUUGGCUUGUCAGUCGACAAAGAUAUUGGGGUACUCCUAUCCCGAUAAUUCAUUGUGACAGCUGUGGUCCAGUCCCUGUGCCUAAAGAUCAGCUUCCAGUUGAGCUUCCUUCCGUCGAAGGUCACUGGCUGAAAGGCAAAGCUGGCAAUCCUCUUGAUAAUGCUCACGAUUGGGUGAAUGUAUCGUGCCCCAAAUGUGGCGGGGACGCCAAAAGAGACACUGAUACUAUGGAUACUUUCGUUGAUUCUAGCUGGUAUUUUAUGAGAUUUGCUGAUCCUAAAAAUUCAAUGACGCCGUUCUCUCCACAAGCAGCCAAUGCAAUUCUCCCUGUUGAUGUAUACAUUGGGGGAGUUGAACACGCCAUUUUACAUUUACUGUAUGCUCGUUUUAUAUCAAAAUUUCUCUCGACGACUUCACUCUGGCCUGAAGGAUCAACCUCGAAAGUUCGUGGGGAGCCCUUCAAAAGGCUUUUAAGUCAGGGUAUGGUCCACGGAAAGACUUAUUUGGAUCCUACCAACGGCCGAUUUUUGAAACCUGAAGAAGUUGACCUCAGCACACCAUCGAAGCCGAUUGUUAUCGCAUCGGGUGAAGUGGCCAAUAUUAGUUUUGAAAAGAUGUCAAAAUCGAAAUAUAAUGGUGUCGACCCAGCAACUUGCAUGACCAAAUAUGGUGCCGAUGCAACAAGAGCGCACAUGCUUUUCCAAGCACCAGUGACUGAGGUCCUUGAAUGGGACGAACAAAAGAUAACUGGCAUUACCCGGUGGUUAAAACGUCUUCAUGAGUACAUAAACUCUUCGAGUACUUCGAGUACAGAACUAUCCCAGAGGACGAAACACGAUGACUUAUCCCCAAAGGAAUACCUUCUUUCUGUUCUGGAUGUUUUGAAACAAAGCAGGAACAUCUUAGGUGGUGUAUCAAAUCCGGAAACAGACAGGAUUGUGCCUUCGGAACUCACUAUCAAAUCUAUGCAAGCCGACAUCAAACUCUGGAGAGCCGUGCAACAAACUAUCAAAAGUGUCACAGAAGCUUACAGUAAAACUCAUUCACUCAAUACGAUAGUUUCUGAUCUAAUGAGUCUUACCAAUCUUGUCAUUGAAACCUCUGAAGAAAAACGGAAAAUCAGGGACACUCCGAGAGCACAACUGAUGAACAACGUUGAUCAUCUCGACAAUCCAAAUUGGAUGAAAGCAAACAUGGGCAUAAUUGAAAAAGCCGCCACUACAACAUUAAUCCAAAUGAUGGCUCCCAUCACCCCCGCUUUCUCAGAAGAAUGUUGGCAUCUUUCACGCGAGCAAAAUGCUCAAGUUGAAAUAAAAUCGAUCUUCAAAACUCCCUUCCCAGAAGCAGACGGCACGAUUGAUUUAUUAGUCCCGUCGACCCAAAAGUGCGCAGUGCAGGUUAAUGGAAAACUGAAGUUUGCGGUGGAAAUACCAAUUCCGGAAGGGGGGAUAGAGGGGGAGGCAUUGAGGAAGUGGGUGGUGGAGAGGGUUUUCGAGACGGAGGAGGGGAGGGCCAGGUUUGGGAGAGGGGAGCAUGAGGAUAAGGAUACACUGGAUGGGGGGGCGAAGAGGGUCGUGGUGGUGGGGAGGGGGAAGUUGGUUAAUUUUGUGAUGUAG